GUUACCUUUGAUCUGGGCUUCAAGCAUAGUUACGAGGGCCAGGAGAGAAGGGCGGAUAAGAGACGACUUCGCUGUCAAAACUUUAAUAGAUGAAUUAAAUAAAUUUAGGGGCCAAUGCGGUCUUCUUCUUACAUUUGAUCACAUAAACGUUCCUUUAGUUUAUACACAGGUAGUUACUUUGGCUGUUUAUAGCUAUUUUCUUACCAAUAUUAUGGGACACCAAUGGACUGAAGGCAAUAAAUACAAGUUCGAUUUGUAUUUUCCGAUUUUCACCACAUUACAAUUUUUUUUCUAUAUCGGUUGGUUGAAAGUAGCAGAGUCUAUGAUAAAUCCUUUUGGAGAUGAUGACGAUGAUUUCGAAGUUAACUGGAUGGUGGACAGAAAUGUUCAAGUGUCGUAUUUGAUAGUAGAUGAAAUGCACAAUGAUCACCCAGAACUGGUGAGAGAUCAAUACUGGGACGAAGUAUUUCCACAGGAACUUCCGUAUACUGAAGCUGCAAGGGCAAUAAGAGACUCGCACCCUCUUCCUUCUACUGCUAAUAUAGCUAACAGGCCCCAAGAUCAGGGGCUAAUGACGCCAUCUUCAGUCAAAGUUGAUGAUAUGCAGUCAAUGGCCGCACUCGAUGGGGGACCAAUUACUUUUACGGCAAAACCUCGCCCAAAUUCUUUCAGAUACCAAAGAGGUUCCCAAAAUUCUUUAUCAACAACAGUCCCUGAUUCAAUGUCUCGUCACAAUUCUGUCACCAACAUGUUGAAAAGGUUUUUCAGUAGAGACGAAAGUAAGCCCGAAACCAAAAUUGAAGCUAGUGAAAUGAACAAUCUCGUGCCUGAUAUAUAUGCGAAAUCAGUAGGCAGUACAAAGAAAAUAACAGAUGAAAUAAUCGAGGAGGUUGACGAACAAACCACAAUAACUUCUCAAAGAUCUGCGAAAGAAUCUAGACCAUCUGUGAUGAAUUUAUUUGGACCCCCUACGCCAUCUACUCCUAUAGAUGUUCCCCUAUCAUAUGACCAUCAGACUGCAAACGAAAACGUUUACGAUCCUUUCUCACGUAUAUCUACAUCCGCACCUGGCACAUCAGGUGAUGGAAAGGGUGUAGAUAAUGCUGACAACGUUAGCAUAGGGGGGUCAGUAACCGACGAAGAAGAUGAUGAUUUUAGUAAGUUGAAGAAAGUACGAGAAGAAGAAAGACUAAGCAGAAUGAAUUUACUACUAACCCCAGACCUGUGAUAGAAGAUACCGAAAAUAUUGGCUGAAGUUAGGAUUAUCGAGGUCCUUGAGUACUAAAGGAGAAGAUCAAGAAUCACUUCUUGGAAGGAGGUGUUCCAAUACAACUCUCACACCACAAACACCAAGAUCACCGCAGUCACUGAUUUUUUAAAAGUUAACCUGAUUUUUUACAGCCCACUUUAUUACAAGAAUAAGGACAAAUUUGUAUGGAUGAGCUGUUGUUUUCAACAAUCGACAAGCCCUAAAUUUUUUUUAACAACAAAACAAAAUUCUAGACAGAAAUGUUUCAAAAUGGUUUUUAGGGCACUGAAGAUAUAAUGUUGAUAUGGGGAAAUAACAUUUAAUUUGAGGAA